CCUCCAGCGCGGCGCUGGAGCUGGAUCCUGGAGAAUUGUUCCGAUCGGUUGGUUCCUUGGUUGUCUAGUGUCUAGUCGGCGGUUAGUCGGCAUUUGGCGGGUUAUCUCGUAACAGCAGAGAGAGGUGACCUGUUCACCGGUAGAGUGCGACUAGUGCUUUGUUUGUCCAGUGCGUCUGUCAACAACGAUCAGCUGUUCCAUCCAUCAUUUCCUUGCCGGCCGGUGUCAAUAAUUGUUCGCCGCGAAAAAUGAUUGGCUCGCAGUUUUCCCACGCCUUCAGGAAAUUCAACUGUUCUGCACUUUCCUCUAAGGGCGUGUGUGCAAUGUACAGGAUGGAGAAGGGCGGUGCGGGUGGAGAGGGGUUGCUCUCCGGCUGGAGGACUCUGCGUUGGCUACUACUCCCCUCCGUUGUGCUCUUCCUUCUCGCUCUGGCCACCUACUGCAUUGUCGAUGUUGCAGAUCAUCACAGCUUCUCGCCAGAUCGGCAUCGUUACAUUGAAACGCACUCUCUAGACGACCUCUCAGACAACAGGAUCGAUGGUGAUGUCAUACUUGAAACAGAUGGAAUCAUUCAAAGUUCGCCUUCUCCAGGAAAGGAUGAGACUAACAAGAGUUCGUCGAGGGAGGAGAACGCGGACCUUGCGACGUCCGAGGUUGCGAACAGCGUCAGCGUGAGUUGGCUUGGCGACAGUCCGAGUGGAAGCACCUCUGCUCAAGACACCACCUCCUUCGUAGACCGCCUCCUGCUCAGCUUCCAUCGGGCCAGCUCUGCCUCCACCCCGCCACCACCGCCCCCGGCCUACUCAAGGGCCAUCAGUGUCAGUCCCUUCCUUAGGCGGCGGCUGCCCAAUGGUCAUAAGUAUGGAGAGUACCAGGCAUCACCGACGGAUUCCGGAUUGAGCCGCAGCACGACUCGGCCGCGAGUGUCGCCGACUCUGCCGGCCCGCGACUCGCCCUCACCAUCCACAUCUCAGCCCCAGAACCUCACAACCACAGCCAGCGAUGGUAUUUGUAGUUCGCCAAAACUUGAAGCCUGCCGAGGAGUGCUGCCCUGGGACUUGGUAGCCCCGGCUGCAUUUCCGGGACUGGAAGAAGCGAUGCCUUUCCUGGACACCAUUCUCGACUCAGGGUGCUCGUCACGGGCCAGAGAGUUCUUCUGCUCUCUGCUCGAGCCUGAGUGCCAAGACGCUGGCCAUACUGUUCUGCCUCCUUGUCGUAAGACUUGCAAAGCGAUCGCAGAGGAUUGCAGUGAGUUCAUCAUCGAUUCACUGAAUCUCUCGAAAAUAUUCAACUGCGAUAUUUAUCCAGAUCUCGACAACCCUGAAGAGUGUGUUAAUCUGGCCAGAGGUGACUGCCUCAGCAAUGAGUUUCAGUGCCCAGAUGAGACUUGCAUCCCAAAACGGUGGGUCUGUGACGGCCUUCGUGAUUGUCCUCUCGGUGCCGACGAGAUCAACUGCACCAAAUGCUCACACGACGAAUUCAAGUGCAAGUCAGACCACAAGUGCAUACUCAAUUCUUGGAAAUGUGAUGGAAACCGUGACUGCUCUGAUGGCUCUGAUGAAUCGAAUUGUCAGCAUGAGAUGAUAGCACACGUGCACACGUCACCGUGUCCCUCAGACGAGCUGCGCUGCGUCGACGGCAGAUGCAUCACGCUGCAGCAGAUCUGCGACAAAAUCGUCGACUGCGCAGACGCGGCCGAUGAAGCCAACUGCAGUCUUCCCAAUUCAUAGGAGCAAAGCAACAUGAUCAUCUGAAUAGUGCCACUUCAAACAAUCGAUAACUAUAACAGAAUAAUAUUGUUGUCGAUGACUUACUGUUGUUUGCUAUUUGAUUACCAUGAGCAGAAUCGAGCCAACAUGAUUCUGUUCUCUUACAAGACUACCAGCAGCAGAAACUCUGGCAAACAUAAUAUAUAUUCCAAAAGAGUUCGGUACUCCCAGAUUAUAGGCUACUGAUUACAUUUACUUUUGAAACUGUGUUGUGUUUGGGAGAACCAGUUCGGUGUGUAGAAAUCAAAUAAUAGGCUGAUUUGUAUAAAAUUGUUUUUUAUGGUUGUAUUGUAAAUAUUCUUAGUUUUAUAAAUAUUGAAAGAGAUUUAGUUUUAGUGUCAUACUCCACCUGAUAAAAAUCACUACUUCAUACCAUACUUAAAAAAAGAGGUUUCAGAAAUCAAUGCAAUAACUUUGGGCCAGAGCUCAUUGCAAUUACUAAAAUAAGAUCAAAUAAUAGGCACUGAAUGUAUACCACAUCAAUAUAAUUCACAGUACGCAGUUUAUCCAAAUAAGUACUGAAUUAUAGUUUCAUUCAUUCAGUAUCUGUUAUUCUAAUACAUUCAGGUUUGGUUUGCAACUUGGAGAUUACAUGGCCGCGUCAACUCAGAUUAUCACUUAAAUUACAGCUCAUAUCUUGCAAUAUGUUAAUUAAAAUCAUAACUUUAAAAAGUAUUCCACAUUUCUGAUAAAAUAUAGAUUUCUUGAACAGAUUGCUGUAUAAUAUUAAUUGACAUUAUUUUUGACUGAUGAUUCAGACUAAUACGAUUUUUUGUGGUUUAUCAAAAUUGUCAAUUGAAUCACUGGCUUAAAAAAUAUCAGUUAAUCCACAUGUUCUAGAAGAAAAUAGUUAAUUUUUAAUUUAUUCUAAAAUCUUCUAUUAAAGUUUUUAUUAUAAUACGUAGGUACUGAAUACCAGUCACAUAGUAUCAAAUUAUAAAAUUCACAAAGUUGUAGAUAUAUUUUGAAAUAAAAUUGAAUAUAUUGGGAGAAUCUCAACUAAAAACAUUUGAAAAAAAUUUUUUGCUACCAAGAUUACCUGAUUCAAAUUUAUCAAUUUGAAAAAUUAAAAGUAUGUUUGUAUGUUUUCUACAGCAAUGACAAGGAUCACGUCACCAAUUCUUGAAUUUCGAUUGUGGGAGAACAUAAUAUACUGAAGCUGUAUUAUUUCGCAAUUAACGUUGAUUAUGUGAUAAAAUCAUCAUCACUGUAAUUAACAAAAAUGAGUGAUCACCAUCAUUUAGCUCUUUACCAUUCAAUCAUUCACACUCUGAAAUACUGCUGUGUCCCUUUGUUAUAUUACAAAUUUCCUGAUAAUGUGUUUGAAUUCUUUGAGGUUGAUAAAUGCUGCAAAAAUAUCUCACAUUUGUAGAAAUAUGUUGUUACUGCCUACAAGCUGCAACACCAUUCAUGAAACAGUGACUG